AUGGCACUCUCUGCCGUUGUUACCGUUGCACUGCUCACGCACCCAAUAAUAGCCAUCUUCCUCCUACCUUUGGCUGCCGUCCUCGUCUACCGCAUUUCCCCGUUGCAUACUCUCGCCCAUAUACCUGGACCACAUCUCCCACGUCUGUCGUCGCUGUGGCUGGUGCGCCAUGCCUGGGUCGGCGACGAGGCCUCGGCAGUCCACAGACUCCAUCAUCGCUAUGGGUCUGUAGUCCGAACGGGGCCAAUGUCAGUUGAUAUUGCAGACGGUGAUGCUCUACAGGCUAUCUAUGUCGACAAAGGUGGUUUUCGGAAGGCCGCAUUCUAUCGCAAUUUCGAUAUCGACGGUCAUGCAAGUAUCUUCUCUGAGCUGGAGCCCGGAACCCGAGCACCAAGAGCGAAAGCAGUAACUCCUUUGUUCAGCACAAGCAACCUCAGAAAUGGCCGUUCGACCAUCUAUAGCUGUGUUGAUCAGUGGGUGGAACGACUCAAGGAAGCCGCACAUACUGGCAAGCCGGUCAAUGUUCUGGACUUGACACGCGCCUUGGCAGUUGACGCAGUCACUGCCUAUCUGUUUGGAAAGUCUUAUGGCGGCUUAGACGGGCAAAGAGAAGAGAGGAGAGCUGUUGCAGAUGAGGUUCAUGGUGGUCUGUCAGCAGGCGGAAUGGUCAACAGCUUCGUGGCUGUAGGCCGCUACUGGUAUCUACCUCAAAGCGCCUUUGCCUGGCUUGAGUGGGCAGAGUCAAAGAUCUAUCCUGACUGGGAGGUCUUUGCCAGUAUCAACGUUGUGGACAAGUUUGUCGAAGAGGUAGUGGAUCAGAGUAUUGGUGAGAAGGGUGCAGGCUCAACGUAUCAGGCUCGAUUGCUGCAAGCAGGCCUCUCGGAGAGCGAAGUCAAGGCGCAGUGCAAGGAUCUCAUGUUUGCCGGUACAGACUCAACUGGCAUGAACCUCGCGACCAUCGUCUACAUGCUGGCGAAGCAUCCUGACAAAUAUGAGAGGCUGAGGAAAGAGCUGACAGACGCGAAACCGUCUGAGGGCGAAGUUCAAUCACUGCCUUACCUGCGAGGUGUGGUCAAAGAGGGUCUGAGAAUCAGCAUGGCGAACCCAUCGAGACUUCCGCGAGUUGUUCCGCCUGGUGGAUGGAUAUUCAAAGGCACAUUCUUCCCAGCUGGAACAGAGGUGUCCUGCACUCCUUAUGAGCUUCACUUUGACCCGAAUGUCUUCGAGGAUCCAAGAGCAUUCAAGCCGGAGCGUUGGCUUAACGCCACGGAACAGAUGAAUCGAGAUGCCAUUCCGUUUGGUCUGGGCACGCGACAGUGCAUCGCGCGGAACCUGGCGACGAUGGAGCUGUACUGUGCGACGCAGCGCUUGGUGGAGACUGAUGCGUUGAGGGGUGCCCGAUGUUGCAAAGAUCAGAUAGAAAUCUUGGAGUGGUUCAACUCGAGAGUGACCGACGAGAAGAUUGAGGUGGUCUGGGAAAAAUGA